AUUCGACUAUCACAUAUCCUCCAAAAACAAAGUGAGAGUUUGCGUUCUUAUCAGUUUCAGCCAUCAAGGCUGCUUUAAUCUGCAGUGUAUUAUUAUAAUGAUGGAGAUCAUUAGGGUGACACUGCUGGGGAUGAUCCUAUUUCUGGCUUUGAUGCCAAUAUUGCUCUUACAAGCUCUGGACAUUGGCCAAGUGCGAGCAUUGGCUGCUAGAAACAAUGUGACAUGUGUUUUGGUGUUCGGAGAUUCCAGCGUUGAUCCCGGUAACAACAACGUUCUUCAUACCACAGCGAAAGGGAAUUUCCUUCCUUAUGGAAAAAAUUUCUUUGGUGGCCAACCUACCGGAAGGUUCAGCGAUGGAAGACUUUCCACGGACUUCAUAGCGGACGAAAUAUUUGGUUAUAGGAAAAUAAUUCCAGCAUAUCUCAGCUCCAAUAUGAAAGAGACAAAUCUGAUACAUGGUGUUAGUUUUGCAUCAGCUGCUUCGGGUUACGACGAACUUACCGCCAACCUCUCGGGUGUAUUAUCUAUCCCAAAGCAGCUGGAGUAUUUUAUGCAUUACAAGGUGAAACUGCAAAAAUUAGUGGGUGAGCAAAGGGCAGAAUAUAUAAUAAGGAAUGCUAUAAUUGUUCUGAGUAUGGGGACGAAUGACUUUCUUCAAAACUAUUACGUGGAACCAAUUCGCUCCAAAGAAUACACCGUGGAAGAGUAUCAGAAUUUCCUUGUCUCUCGCGUGGAUAAUUACAUCAAGGAAAUGUAUAGGAUAGGAGGGAGAAGAUUAGUGGUGGUUGGGGUGCCACCAAUGGGAUGCAUGCCUCUUGUACUAACAAUCUGGGGAGACGGUCGUAAAUGCGUGGACACCUAUAACAACGUGGCUUUCUCUUUCAAUUCAAAGAUACAAAAGGAAUUGGUCACUGUUCGAUCCACAAUUGGGAUGAGAACUGCCUUUGUUGAUGCUUUCACUAUCAUACAACAUGCCGUCAACAGCCCACAAAAAUAUGGACUUGAAGAGACAUCAAAAGGGUGCUGUGGGAGUGGAACCAUAGAGUAUGGGGAUUCUUGCAGGGGGAUGAGUACUUGCAAAGAUCCAUCAAAAUAUGUAUUCUGGGAUGCUGUUCAUCCAACACAAAAAAUGUAUAAAAUCCUGGCAGACGAGGCUGUUGAAUCUCUUAAUCAAAAUCUUUUAGCUUAGUUGAUUCUCAAAGGGAUAUCUUAUUAGUAGUUAGCCCUGCUUUUCCAAAACAUCCCAAUUAAGUAGUUCCAAAUUUAACUUGGUAUUUAUACAAUAAAUAAAUCAAAUCACACCAUUGUGUUUCA